AGAAAAUUGUCGUUAAUUUCAUCUUGUCCAGGUGAUGCAGCUUCUGUACAUAUUAUCCUGCUUAACUAUCACAGCUGCACUCCCAUUCCUCGGUAAAAAGACUAAUUAUGAUGAGAUGACAGCCAGAAAACUGUUGAAUAUGGCUGCAGGAGCAUAUGGAGAAAACCAUGAAGAAUGUCUCAACAGGACUUUUCCAACGCAUGAAACUCAUGUUGUCGUGUCGACAACGAAAGAGGACUGCGAUGAAUUGGACAACACAUGCGAGAGUUACAUAGCUGCAUCCGAAACAGCAAAGCAGCUGAUCAUUGUUUUCAGAGGAACCAAGUCAAAGGGACAAUUACUUUUGGAAGGAUUGCAGUCCACAAAGCCAGGAGAAUAUUUCUUUGGUUUAGGGAAUGUGAACAGAUACUUUCUGAACGGUCAUCGAGUGCUGUGGCCAACUAUAGAAAAUACACUCAAAGAUCCAAAGUAUGCGGGCUACAAACUCAUCUUUACUGGCCAUUCCCUUGGAGGAGCUCUAGCGGCUUUAGCAGCUGCACGAACAGCGAAGGAAGGUUAUCGACCGGGUAACGAGAUCACGAUUUACACAUUUGGUGAACCUCGAGUAGGUGAUGUGACGUUUGCUGAGAACUUUGACAAAAUGAUACCAGACAGCUAUCGUGUCGUAUUCCGACGUGAUAUCGUACCUCAUCUGCCAUCAUGCGCGAAGGACAAGAGCUGGAUCGGCGAUGAGGAUGCUAGCAAACCAUGCGAUCGCAAUAGAUUGCGUAAACCGUAUCAUCAUGGCACGGAAAUUUGGUAUCCAGACUCGAUGGAACCUGGAUCUCACUACAUCGAAUGUGUAGGUGAACCCAAAGGCGAAGACUUCACCUGUUCGGAUAAGAUCAAAUUCCGAUAUGAUCAGUAUGCCAGCUACAUAUGGGAUCAUCGACACUACUUUACCGUUAGGGUUCCUCAAUACGGGAAAGCAGGAUGCGAUGUAACAUUACCUGAAGGACAACCUGGACUCGUCGAGAAAGUUAUGUGUUUCAUAAGUCGAAAUCCGGACUGCGAAGAACAUGCGCUUGAGAUGACAAAUCGCAUCGAAGUUGUACCAGCUGAAUAUCUAAGUGCCCCACCGCCUACCACUACCGAGGAGUCAACUACUAAACGUUCGUCUUCAUUCGGGAAUUUUUUCCCACUCGUCCUCAGUACCCUAGCGUCUUUGUUUAAAGGAAAAUGAUGUUCAACAUCCUAUUGUGUCUCAUUAUUUAUUGCCUCUUCCUUUCUUAGUCAUCUUUAUAUAAUUCAAAGUUCUUUCUUAAGACGACGUUCUGAGAACCGAACCGCUAACUGACUAACCUGUGUCUACUAACGUGUUGCUCAAAAGCUUUACUCUUUUCUUGACCAUGGUAUUGACCACCCGCUUGCUAUGCCAGUUCCCUCGCACAUUCCUUUACUCUACACUACGAGUCAAAUUCGCUUUCGUUUAUAAAUGCAAUAAUCAUCCUAACACUAGCAAUUGUGAUAUAUUAACUUUACGUGAAAACUGCUGUAUUAUCACUUUCAGAUUUUGUCUUAUGCAUUAACUUUGUCGAGAUGAGCGUUCCUAAUGAGAUACAGUAUGAGCAUGAUCAGGAAGACUGAUGGUUCACUCUUUUUAUCUGCAACUUGUAAAUUGUCCAUUUUAUGCUAGCAGUUGAAAUAAUAAU